AUGGGUACCAUGAAGUCCGCGAAGUUGCGCUUGCUUGCCCUAGAAACUAUACAGGAGAUACUGCGCAUCCUCUUUGACAUCGAUCCUCCUGAAGUUGUUUUGCCGAGCGGGAAAAUGGUCAAGCCGGGAUAUUACAACUCUACAUGGUCUUUUCAACUGCUUAGACAUGCUGCUCUUGCUUAUCCCUCGCUAUGGGCGAGGCAUGCACUGGACGUUCCGAUACAAGCAGCCAUCGAAACGGCGAUCAAUCGCGCCCGGGACCUUCCCCUGCACAUAGAUUUAUAUGGGUGGACUCCAUAUCAUAACACCAUGGCAUGGUCCUUUCCGCAAAGCAUGGAUAUAAUCAGCUGGCUGAUGUCGAGACCGGAACUUGUACCCCGUGUACGGUACCUGGGGCUCGAUGGGCGUUACGCCUCAUGCUUCAUGGGGGCAGGACCAGAGGGACCAAUCCCGGCUCAGCUAUGUGCAAGAAACUGGUCCGGCCUCAAGCGCGUCUCCCUAUAUCACGUCUGCUUACCUGGACCUUUGUCGAAUGCGCCGCUGGAAGUCUACAGACACAAUGCGCACGGCUGUUCCAAUGCUUGUGAUAUCGAUCAGAUCGUGCGCGGUGUGUUCUUGCGAUGUGCAGAAACCCUCACCGAGAUCGCGCUGGAAUCUUGGCCGGGAACGCUCACCCCGCUAUCAUUACUUUCUCAAGAACCUCUCGAGACGCUCACGUUGGCGCACGUCAAGUCUUUCGUCGCGGGGACGUUAAGCAUGGAUCGUGCGCUAUGGCUAUUCGACAACGUGAAAUUUAACCGCGACGCUCUUGAGCGGAUGGAGUUGCACGUUGUGCAUACUACAUACAAGGUGGACUCGGUCGCCCAGCUUAUGGGCGCUCUCAUCAAAGAUUGCCUUCCCUGCGACUGUGCUACUUUUCGUGUGAAGAUAUCAAAGAAAUUCAACCCCUCCAACUUCAACUUGAGGGUGGAGGCCUGGCGUCGACGCAUCACUCACGCCCGUAAUCACCCGCCUCCACGGAUGGGUAUGCCUCCCGACUUCGACAUCAACAUACGAUUCGACCUAGGUCAGGAAUUCACCAUCCCCUCAAACGAACGUUGGGAGUUUGCACUUGCACACAUACUCCAGAACACUGCCUGCAAGGACUCAGACGUAUUGUUUAUCGAUACGUCGCUCUGGCCACGAGUGCCCUACGAGACUAAUUGGACAGUCCUGCUCGAAACGAGCGCGCGUUUCGUUGCGCCAUUUAGUCAGGUCCAUUCCUUCAUACGAAGAGGCUUGGAUAGGGAAGGUGAUGCGGCUUUUGAAGAGGACGAAUCAGAGACAGAUGCUGGGGAUGACAGUGAGGCCGGCGAUGAUCACAGCGACGUGGAGGACAGCGAUGCCGACGCAGGCCAUGCUAUUGACAGCAUUUGGAAUGCGGACUGCCAAUAUCAGCAAGGGCCGUACAACGACGAAGACAUGGAUGUGCUAGAGGAUAUGACAGUUUUGUAUAUAGGAUCUAGAGUCUCGUUGUAG